CCCUCCCUGGGCGCGAGAGGCAGGCGGCGCGCUGACUGAUCUGGCGAACAGGGGCUUCUGUGUAAACUGAGGCUAAACAAACACAGAUGGCUCCCGCGGCGUGCCUUCCCCAAAAAUGCUGGCAAUGCGGCCGGGACUUCAGAUGACAGGCUGAGCCGGAGGGGAGAAGAAGGCGGCGAGCAGCGGACGGCAAGAGAGCGGCGGGAGAGAGGGCAGAAAGCGAGGCAGCGGGCGGGCUCGGAGGAUGAAGAACAUGCAGCUGGCGGAGGCAGAGGCGGCCGAGGCGGCGCGGUGGAAGCGGCUCUGCCUGCAGGAGCUGAGCGGCAUCAAGAAGCUCCGGAGGAAGAGCCGGGAGCCCGCCAGGCUGCCCCUUCCUCCUCCUCCCCCUCCUCCUCCUCCCCAAAGGGAGCCCGAGGGCGCGGUGGAUCUCCGGCGGGGGCGGCCCUUCCCCACGGCGCUCCUCGGCCCCCCAUCGCCCCCCGGGAAGGAGGCGCGCCUCCGCCCCGACCAGCCGCCGCCGCCGCCGUCGAGGAUGGCGCUUUGCCCGCCGCCGCCUCAACUGGAGAGCCCCUUCCCGCCGGGCUUCUCUUCCGCCGCCCGCCCGGAGCCCCCUCGCUCUCCUUCCCCGCCUCGGAAGCGGCCCGGGGACCCUCCGGGCGCCUCGUCGGAGAUCAAAGCCCUGCAGCAGACGCGGCGCCUCCUGGCCAACGCCCGCGAGCGCACCCGCGUCCACACCAUCAGCGCCGCCUUCGAGGCCCUGCGCAAGCAGGUUCCCUGCUAUUCCUAUGGACAGAAGUUAUCCAAACUGGCCAUCUUGCGGAUAGCCUGUAACUAUAUCCUCUCCCUGGCUAGACUUGCAGACCUGGAUUACAGUGCUGACCACAGUAACCUGAGCUUCUCAGAAUGUGUGGAGCAGUGCACUAGGACCUUGCAAGCCGAAGGAAGGUCUAAAAAAAGGAAGGAGUGAUCCCCAAAAAGAGUGGAACCAGCAACCGUCCCGUCCCGAUGUUCCAUUCCAAGCUGUCGACAUUUGUGCGGCUGAAGAGAGGAAACCGUUUUCAGAAGACAUCUGUUUGGAAGGUGGAGGCUGACAAUUGGAACUUGAGAAUGUGAGGAACCCUUCUGAGGAGAUGAAGAUGUUUUCUUCUUUCUUUUUAAGCCAAUCACACUUUAGUAUGUGCAAUGUAUUGAGCACUUUUCCCCUACCACCUUUGCUUCCAUAGGAAACACUACAUUGAGUUUAUAGUACGCUGCUGUGUCAUAGUCAAUGCCAAAGAUCGGGUGGGAGUUCCUCCAUAGUUGCCCCUAAGCAGAGACAUGGAGGAGGACGCCUUCUGCAUGCAUCUGAAUCCAAAUGGGAAGGAUACUGGUUACUUUCAUUGGAAUGCCAUUAAAAUGAUGAAUAAAGAUGCCCAUCCCAUUGAAGGCAAUACAAGACAGAUAUGAAACCAAAAUGGAACACACAAUGGAUGUUUACUUUGUUUCCUUAUACAAAAGUUGGCUUUGGACUGGGGCACUUGUUUCUCAUUUUUGCCUUAAAUAUUGCCAUCCGGAAGUAGGACACUCUGGUCCCCAUUCUUUCCUUAAAUAGUGUUGCUGUUUGUCACAAAUCAAAACCGAAAGGUUUUUCUAUAUGCCAUGACUGUGGAACUAUCUGAAGCACUGAGAUGAAAAUCUGAACCGGAAUACAGCCAAGAUAUAGAAGCAUUUCUCCCCGAUUCCCUUUUGGCAAGUUUAUUAUUCUUUGGCAAGAAGCAGGGUUUUUCCCUACUCACGUGCAUAGGGGGUCAAAAUAGUGACAAAUGCGAACUGCUACACAAUAAGCUUUUUUUUUAACAGUUUUUAAAUUUUACCUUUUAAUCCAAUAGAUGUGUGUGUGUGUGUGUGUGUGUAAGAAGAGGAAGAGAAUAGCCCAUACAUAAAGUAGCAGGACUAUUCCAAAACUGUUUGCCAAGUUACAUUUUGGAAUCUGGAUAUAUCUUGCAAACCCAUGUAAUGCAAAGGCAUUUGAUCUAUAUUGUAUCUUUCACUUCAAAUUGAAGUAAAAAAAGGUAUGGCGAAACUCAGUUGGAGUAAGCUGGCUUCAUAAAUAACGCAUGUCAUCUGUGCAACAUCUGCUAGUAAUGAAGUAUCUAACUUAGUGUUACAGUGAAGAAAUAGGGGCUUUUGAAGAAAAGAGGUUUCCAAAUUUCAGUCAAAAUGCAAGUAUAAAUUAGCUGUACAUUUGGCUUUUCUGUUAUGUAAGCAUAAGAUAGCUAUAUUCAUGUUUGAUUUACAUAAGUGUAAUGUUAAAAAUGUGCCUGACUGAUCAAUAGACAUCACAAAUCAUGUUUGUGUGUGUGUAUGUCAGGAGAGACUUGAGAAACUGCAAGUCACUUCUGGUGUGAGAGAAUUGGCUGCCUGCAAGGACGUUGCCCAGGGGAUGCCCAGAUGUUUGAUGUUUUUACCAUCCUGUGGGAGGCUUCUCUCAUGUCCCCAUAUGGGGAGCUGGAGCUGACAGAGGGAGCUCACCCGCUCUCUCUGGAUUCACACCGCCAACCUGUUGGUCAGCAGUCCUGCACAUUGCACCAUCGGGGGCUCCAUCACAAAUCAGUAAUACUUAUCCUAUGUGUUAGAAGCGGGUUGUAACCAUAUACAAAGCUCGGGAGGUAACCUUAAGAAGCAGUUAGUUCUCAACCUUCCUAAUGCCGUGACCCCUAAAUAUAGUUUCUCAUGUUGUGUUGACCUCCAGACAUAAAAUUAUUUUCAUUGCUACUUCAUAACAGUAAUUUUGCUACUGUUAUGAAUCGUCAUGUAAAUAUCCAAUAUGCAGGAUGUACCAAAUUUGGCACAAAUACCCAAUACGCCCAAAUUUGAAUACUGAUGAGGUUGGGAGGGAUUGAUUUUGUCAUUUGGAAGUUGUAGUUGCUGGGAUUUAUAGUUCACCUACAAUCAAAGAACAUUCUGAACUCCACCAACAAUAGACUUGGGCCAGACGUCCCACACAGAACCCCCAUGACCAACAGAAAAUACUGUGUUUUCAGAUGGUCUUUGGUGACCGCUCUGACACCCCCUUGCAACCUCCCCCCCCAGGGGUCCCAACACCCAGGUUGAGAAACCCUGAGUUAGAGGCUAUCUAAAGAUCUCUACUGGCAAGUUUCAAUAGACAAACCCUCCUCUGCUCUACACUUCUUGGAAACUAAUUCUGGAGUUUUCCAGGCCUCCAAAAGUGGAUUCAGAGGGGGAUAUGGCAUUGUCAUGGAGCAGGGGAAUCACGCAUAUCCAGCUCAGUUAGAUCCCAUCUAAAGUCUAUCAUUUCUGAGCUUCCCCCAUCUAAUUAUUUAUCGUUAUAGAUAUAUUUUUAAAAGUUACUUUCCCUUUUAUUUCAUAAGAGUAACUAGUUAUUUUUCAAAACACCGCCUCACAGCAAAAGCUGCUGUCUUCCAGCAUUGUACUUCCUAUUGCUUCAGUAUGCGUAAUAAUACACGAAGCAGCAGAACGAGCCUGCCCGUGAAUCCUGUGAAAUUCCUCUUCCAACAUUUAAUGAGGCUACACUUCAUUACCACAGAAAGCCAGGGAAGUCACUCCUUGUGUUCUUCAAAAAUGUAUUCCUCAUUAAGUUAUCAUCAUAAUGUAAUAGCACUGAAUGUUUAUUAUUGAGAGAACAAGGAGGUGCAAUGAGUUAAACCCUUGUGCCAGCAGGACUGCUGACCAAAAGGUCAGUGGUUCGAAUCCGGGGAGUGGAGUGAGCUCUCAUCUGUCAGCUCCAGCUUCUCAUGUGGGGAAAUGAGAGAAGCCUCCCACAGGAUGGUAAAACAUCCAGGUGUCCUCUGGGCAAUGUCCUUGCAGACAGCCAAUUCUCUCACAGCAGAAGUGUUUGCCAUUUCUCAAGCUGCUUUUGACAUGGAAAAAAAUUGAGAGAACAGUUCCUUUGAAGUGCUGACCAUAUAUCAUUUAAACUCUAAGUAAAAAUCUAGGGAAUUCAGCUACCAUUUCCCCCACUUUUGUUACACUGAGGAACUGGCUUCAUUUCAAGCAUGGGAAGCGUCAACCAGACCUCCGUUCAGUAUUUGGAGAUUCUUUAGUAAAGGCUGCAUUAACUCCCCUGUCCCGUUCUGGAAUCAAAAUUAGAUUCAUAGGAGGCCUAGCUUAGUGAUAGCCACUCAAUGCGAGUCCCCUUUCUAAGAAAGUUUAACCUUUCCUAAAAGUUUUUGUAUUAAUGAAGGUGUCGAGUGGCGGAUCCCGUGGCAUUCUGUGUAUAACAGCACCCUCUGGGGACAACCAUGGAAAAAGUUGUGUGUGCUCUUUGCUUUCUGUGUAAGAAAGCGUCUCUUUACAACACAUACAAUAUAAAAUGGACAAAUGGUUAGAGAAAAUAUACUCAGACAUUUAUGUGUUAUUUUGUCACUGUGAACUAAAUAAAAAAGCUUUACAUUGGCAGGUUGUAAUAGGGUAAAAA